GUGUGGAGCGUACUGGGGCAUACCUACCUGUCCGAGGAAGAGAGAGAACAUACCAGAGAACUCAGAAAGACUCCUCACCUCUCCCCGCGGGAUAUCUUCACAGAGAGAAGCACAAGAAGAGACAGGUGUUUACGCGAGAAGAAUCCGAGUCGUCCCGCUGGCAAAAUGUUCAAGAAAAAACCCUCGAAGAGCGUGACCAUCACGCAAACGAAAAAGGCGCCCUCCUCUGAGCUGUCUGCACUGAUUGAGAAGCUGCAGAAGAACGCUGACAAGGUGGAGAAGCUCAUCCUUGAGACGGAGCAGAACCUCAACAAGGAUGUGAGUAAGAUCAACGAGGGCAAGCAGCCUCUGUACCAGGACGACACCAACAAGCGCAUCCUAAGCUCUCUGGAGCUGCUGCAAGGCCUGGAUGAGGACGCCGUUGACGCAAAACGCCUGCAGCACCCCCAGGCUGAGAUGAUUGAUCAGGAUAUGAAGCAGCUGAGAGUGAGACUAAGGAAGCUGAGAGAGGACCACGACCGCAUCUACCACCUGACCCGUUCUGAGGGCCUGCCGAGCGUCAACUGGGGCAGGAUCAUUGAGGAGAAACAGGGCAACCUGAGCAACAAGGGUUUUGGUCAGGACCUGCCCACCAUAGAGAACGAGGUGGAGGAACACAACAUCUUUCACAGUGAGGUGGAGGCCCUGGCCCCUCACAUCUCAGCCAGCGACGACAAGGACUCUGCCAGUGCCCUCCAGCUGAAGUACAACAAGCUCCUGGCCAGUUCCAGUGCUCGACAGCGCCACCUGUUGAGCCUGCGUGACUACAUGCAGCGCUGCACUAAUGAGCUGUACUGGAUGGACCAGCAGGCAGGGGAGAGGAUCAACUAUGACUGGAGCGAUACUAACCUGGACUACCCUGCACGUCACAGACAGUAUGAGAACUUCAUCAGUAAGUGUCUGGAGUCCAAGGAGGCCACUGUCACCAAGCUGAAUGAUGAUGGAGAUAAACUCAUCGCUGCCAACCAUCCUGGCAAGAAUGUUAUUGAGGCUCAUAUGGAGGCUGUGCAUGCAGACUGGAAGGAGUACCUGAACCUGCUCAUCUGUGAGGAGAACCACCUGAAACACAUGGACGAAUACCACAAGUUCCACAAAGAGGCCCGGGACACCCAGGACCUUCUGAAGAGGAUGGACAAAGAGGUGGACCAGAAGUACAAACCAGAGUUCAAGGACAUGUACCAGAUGGAGAGCCUCAUCAGAGACCUGGACGACCAGGCGAAGGCCAUGGACCACUUUGAUGAGCGUGUGAAGGCUCUGGAGAAGCGCAGUCUACAGGUUCUCCCCCUCCAGUUCCGCAGGAACACCCCUCAGAAGCUGCUCCCCGUCGAGGCGCUGUGUGAGUUCGACACUGACGAGGGUCAGAUCCUGCGUGGAGAGAGGUACACCCUCCUGAGUAACAAGGGGCCCAAGUGGGAGGUGAAGGACGCGGCCGGGCGUAAACUGACUGCUCCGGGGGCCUGCUUCAUGGUCCCCCCCACAGACCCAGAGUCUGUCGCCGUCUCCAACAGUCUGGCCAGCCAGCAGAAGGGUAUUAAGAUGAAGGUGUCUGGCAGUAAGACCACCCUGGUCAAACGCCUGGAGGAACUGAAGAAAGACGGCUCCGCUGGCUCUGACAAGGAGGAGCAGCAGUGUCGCCAGCUGAUGGCCGGUCUGGACAAGGUGACCAGUGAUCUGGACAAACAGGAGAAGGCCAUCUACUCUCGAGUACGCCCCCCUCUGGAGCAGACCAGGCCUCUGCAGGACAGCGCUGACCGUCUGCAGGACGUCAAGGACAUUGCAGCCGUGGUUCGUAAGAUCGAGCCGGAGAAGUCGUCCAAGGUGAGGGAGGCUGAGAAGUUCCUGACCUCUAACCCUAAAUGUGCCAGCGCCCCUCAGCUGAACGGCAAGGUGAACGAGGCCAACAACAAAUACGACAAGAUCAACCUGCUGCUCAAGUGCUCCGAGGACAAGCUUCAGAAUUCCAACCGCCUGGAGAACUCCCUUCAAAACGGGAAAUCUUUAUUGUCCAGCUACGAGAACAAGCUGGCCAGGGAGGAAGUCGCCCCAGCAGACAUCUCAUCUCUGGAGAAGACACAGCGUCAACUGGCUGAUAUUGCAUCAGAGCUGAAGACCAAGAGGUCCGCGGUGACGGAGACGGAGGCUAACCUGCAUGUGGCCAAAGGCAGCUGUGACACCAUGGCAACCAAGCUGCAGGAGCACUGCCCCGACAUCGAGAGGCAGGAGGGCGAGGUCCGGAGACUUAACAAACGCUACGACAACCUCAACAGGCAGAUCGACACCAGAACUCAGAGCCUGCAGAGGGCUAAGACGUCAUACAGUAACUACCGCAGUGACUACGACAACCUGAACAACUGGCUGUCCCGCGUGCCAAACUAUGAGCCAACUGAGAAAGACAACCUCAGUCAGGUGGAAACCAAGCUGGAAAACCAGAAGAACCUGCUCUCCGACAUUAAAAAGAAGGAGUCUGAGUUGAACAACGUAUCGAAAAAUGCCCAACUUUACCAGCAAGCCGUCAAGGACUAUGAGAAUGAUACUGAGAAGUUCAAGUCUAUUCUGGACCUUGAAGACGGGCUGGUCCCGCAGACCUACAAGAGAAGCAGAUUGGAGUCCCCUGCACUUAGGGUCAAGGAAGAGGAAUCUGCCAUUGAAGCUAAAUUCACCGAAGUGAAUGCAGUGAACAAGCAAAGGAUGGCGAAUCUACAGUUUGCACAAGGCCUUAUGAAUCAGCAAUCAGACGUGAUCGUCAGCAACAAUGUCCAACAAGUCAGAUCUGCUGCUCCGGGAGAAGAAGCCUGGAGGAUCGAGAGUCAACUGAAAGACGAGAUUCAGAGGAGGGAGCAGCUGGAGAAGGAUCUAGAGAAAAUCCAGACAGACAUCUACAUGUUGGAGGGCCAGAAGCCGGAGGACACCGUCGUCAAGAAGGAGAUCAUCAAGAAGGUUCCGGAUCCGACUCUGGUCGACGAGGUCCACAAUGUCCGUCAGAAACUGUCAGACGAAACCCGGGUCACCCGGGCCAUGGACAACGAGCUGGAGGCGCUGAGGCUGAAGCUGCGCGGCAUCGAAACAGAGAUCAAAGAAGGAGCACAGCAGUACACCGUGAAGGAGGUGCUGCGUAUCGAGAGGGACCGCGGCCAGGAGGAGGAGGUGAGGAGGCUCAGGGAGGAGCUGGAAGAACUGAGGAGGAGGAAGACCAUCAAGGACAACGAGGUGAUCCAGAUCACCAAGCAGGUGACGCUCCUGGCACAGCAGAAGUCCAAGGAGCAGGAAGUGAUCACAGAGGAGGAGGUGAUUAAAGUGCAGAACGACCCCCAACUGGAGAACGAGUACCGCAUCCUCUUGGACAGGAAGCAGAAGGAGCAGGAGGGCAGGAAGCAACUGGAGGAUGAGCUGCGCUUCCUCCAGGACAAGCUCCGCAGGCUGGAGAAGGAGAAGUCCAUGGCCGAGGAGAAGAUCUCCAUCAAGGAGGUGCUGAAGGUGGAGAAGGAUAUCGCCUUUGAGAGGGAGGUAGAGAAUCUCAGGAUGCAACAUGAGGAUGAGAAGGCCAAGCACCGGUCUUCCCAAAGGGAGCGCGCCGACCUCCAGAGGAAGAUCUCCAGCCUAGAGGAGGAAAAGUCAAGGGUCAUAGUUCAGGAGAAGGUGAGGGAGAUCGUCAGGCCUGACCCCAAGGCUGAGGCUGAAGUGGCCAACCUACGCAUGGAACUGGUGGAACACCAGAGGAGGUACAGAGACGCCGACCAGCAGCUGAAGUCCCACCAGGACGAGCUGAAGAUGCUGAGAAACAGAGGUCCGCAGAUCGAGAUCAAGGAGAUCAUCAAGGAAGUCAUCAAGUACAAGACGGACCCGCAGACCGAGAGGGAGCUGGAGAAACUCCGCAAUGAGAUUGUGGACAAGACGUACCAGACGGAGAAGUCAGAGAUGGAGAUCAGGCAGCUGAGGGACGAGAUUCAGAGGUGGAAGGACACCAAGCCACAGGUGCAAAUUAAAGAGGUGGUUAACGAGGUUCUGGAGUACAAAGAAAACCCCAAAACCAAGGAGGAGAUUGAGAUCCUGAAGAGGAAGCUGGCGGACGAGCAGAAGAAACGCCUGGACCUGGAGAGGGAGCGAUCAGCUAAUGAGGAGAAGAUCCGGCUAAGGAAGAUCGACCUGUCCCAGGUCAGGGAGAAGGUUGUCCAGCAGGAGGUGGUUAAGAUGGAGGAGGACCCAUUACUGAGGUCAGAGUGCAGCACCUUCACACAGAACAUCAACAAUGAACAGAGGCAGAGGGAGACCCUGAAAGAGGAGCUCUUCCAACUUCAGAGGCAGAAGGCCAACCUGGACGCACAGCUGGAGGAGCUGGAGCGAGAACGCCGAGCUCGGCGCGAUGCAGAGCUGGAGAUCCAGAGGCUGAGGGUCAGGUUGAACGAGAUGGAGCUCAGGGACAAGGAGAACAGGGAGAGGGUCACAGUGAAACAGAUGGUGGUUCUCCAGCAGGACCCCCAGCAAGAGAAAGAGCACUCCAUCCUCAAGCUGCAGGUGGAGGAGGAGAGACACAAGCGCACCCUGCUGGAGAAGGAGCUGAACGUCCUGCUCCAGCAGCAGGUCACCUUGGAGAGGAUGGUGGUGAAGGAGAAGGUGGUGCGCACCGAGACCAUCCAGGUAGAGAAGGACCCAGAGGCUGAGCUGGAGAUCGAGAAGAUGACGAGGACGCUGGAACAGGAGAAGAGGAGGAGGCUCGAGCUGGACCAGGAGCUGGGCAGCCUCAAGUCCCGCCUGUCCGACAUGGAGUUCACCAACACCAAGUCGUCCAAGGAGCUGGACUACAUCCGCGACGAGAGCAGUCGCCUCCAGCAGGAGAACCAGAGGCUACAGAAUGACAUCCGCAGGCUGCAGUCCGAGAUCCAGAUCACCUCCACGGAGACCCGGAGCAUCUCCAACUCGGCCCCCAUGGAGAGCGGGAAGAACCUAGAGCUGAGGCUGGACUCACUGCAGAGGGAGCUGGCCGAACUGAGGGCCAUCACCAGCCAGAAGGAUGAGGAGAUCGAGAAGCUACAGAAGAGCCUGUCGGCCAUCCAGAUCAAGAGGGAGCAGAGGGAGAGCCACCUGAGGAGAUCCAUUGUGGUCAUCGACCCCGACUCGGGUAAGGAGAUGAGGCCGGAGGAGGCCUACAAACUGGGGCUGAUCGACUGGAAGAUGUUUGUGAACCUCCAGAGCCAGGAGUGCGACUGGGAGGAGAUCAGUGUCAAGGGCCCCAAGGGGGAGUCCUCUGUUCUCCACGACAGGAAGUCUGGGAAGAAGUUCUCCAUUGAAGACGCCCUGAGGGCUGGGAACAUCACCAACCGCCAGCUGCAGCAGUACCAUGACAAGGAGAUCACCAUCCAGGAGUUCGGAGUCAUGGUGUCGGGAAAGACCAAGUGAAAAAGAAACAUCUGAACAAAACUACUUCUUUUUUUUAACCGUCUAUGUUUCUGACGACCAUGAGUUUGAAAUGGGUGGCGUUUCUUGAUUUUGGAUUUCACUAGAUUUGAAUCUUCCAAAAUGUUUUAAUUCUGACGUACUUGAUCUAACAUUAAACAAUAUGUUAGUUUUAUAUGUAUACUUUCUCUCUCUCUCUCUCUCUCUCUCUCUCUCUCUGUUUCUCUCUCUCUCUCUCUCUCUCUCUCUCUCUCUCUCUGUUUCUCUGUUUCUCUCUCUCUCUCUCUCUCUCUCUCUCUCUCUCUCUCUGUCUCUCUCUGUCUCUCUCUGUCUCUCUCUCUGUUUCUCUCUCUCUCUCUACAAUGCACUGUUAUAUUUAUUUUCAAACACAUAAUACACUAUAAAUACACAAACUGGUGUUCUGGUUUUAAGUGAGGGUUGGUAUGGCUGUGUUUAUAGCCAAUCAAAUGUUGUAGAAGGGUUUUCUGUCUGUCUGUCCCUGGAAUACGCUUGUUAAACUACUUACACUGGGUUACAGGGCUAGAGGUAGUUAUGAGGCUAGAGGUAGUUAUGAGGCUAGAGGUAGUUGUGAGGCUAGAGGUAGUUGUGAGGCUAGAGGUAGUUGUGAGGCUAGAGGUAGUUGUGAGGCUAGAGGUAGUUGUGAGGCUAGAGGUAGUUGUGAGGCUAGAGGUAGUUGUGAGGCUAGAGGUAGUUGGUAGUUGUGAGGCUAGAGGUAGUUGUGAGGCUAGAGGUAGUUGUGAGGCUAGAGGUAGUUGUGAGGCUAGAGGUAGUUGUGAGGCUAGAGGUAGUUGUGAGGCUAGAGGUAGUUGUGAGGCUAGAGGUAGUUAUGAGGCUAGAGGUAGUUAUGAGGCUAGAGGUAGUUGUGAGGCUAGAGGUAGUUAUGAGGCUAGAGGUAGUUAUGAGGCUAGAGGUAGUUGUGAGGCUAGAGGUAGUUGUGAGGCUAGAGGUAGUUGUGAGGCUAGAGGUAGUUGUGAGGCUAGAGGUAGUUGUGAGGCUAGAGGUAGUUAUGAGGCUAGAGGUAGUUGUGAGGCUAGAGGUAGUUGUGAGGCUAGAGGUAGUUGUGAGGCUAGAGGUAGUUGUGAGGCUAGAGGUAGUUAUGAGGCUAGAGGUAGUACUUUAAACAUGUUUAUUUUGUUUUGAACGUGGGGUUGAAUUUACAUACACAAGGAUAUGAACGGAUAUUGGUAAUGUCGGUCUGUGGUAUGCUACUGUCAAACGGUCUCUCAGUUGUCCUGUUUUUACACGUCUUGCAUAAGAAAUAAAACAGUCAAAAUGAUAAUGA